UAUUACACAUUAUUUCAGCGUUUUCUCUAUUGUAACCAUAUUUUGGCUUAAUUCGCUUUUUAAUUUAUACUUUAUUGAAACUUUUCAAAAAUAAAUGUAAUUAUUCUUUAUUACACAUGACUUGAAAUUAAUAGACUUAAUAAAAAUAAUAAAUUAAUAGCAAUUAAGUGUCACGUUCCAGAUAAGUAAUUUCGUUUCUGUUCAUUGUUUACAAUGGUUGGACAAAAUGAUGAAAACAUGUUAUCAGACAUGUUGCCCGUCUACUAUACGAGGCUCUUUCCUCAAAAUGUGUUCUGUAGAUGGUUGUCUUGUGGUAGCAGUCCACAGCCGCUCUCUCACAGAGAAUUAUCGUUUACACUAGCUGAUGACGUCUAUUUGCGAUAUUUGUCUAUUUCUAAUCAAAAGGAAUUUCAGACAUUGCUUCAAAAGAAGUGCCCUUAUAAGUUGGAUAUUGGUGCUGUGUACAACACUAAGCCUUCCAUUGGCCGCCAUGAUGCAGUGGUUCUAGCCAGAGAGCUGGUAUUUGACAUUGACUUGACAGACUAUGAUGAAGUGAGAACUUGCUGCCAAGAAGCCAAUGUCUGUGAUAAGUGCUGGAAGUUCAUGAUUAUUGCUUGUGAAAUUUUGGAUAAGGCAUUGAGAGAUGAUUUCGGCUUCCAAAGCAUACUCUGGGUGUUUUCUGGCAGAAGAGGUAUCCAUUGCUGGGUGUCAGACUAUGAAGCCAGGACCUUAGACAGUCCAGGCAGGGCUGCAGUGGCAGAUUACCUGUGCCUGAUUAUGGGAGGUGACAAUCAGUUCAAAAAGGUCAAUCUGGGAAGUGACAACUUACAUUCAAGCAUCAGGAGAGCUAUGACUGUAAUUGACAGAUACUUUGAAGAUGUUGUCAAUGACCAGGAGUUCUAUGGAACACCAGAAAGAAUACAAAACUUUUUGAAAAUGAUACCAGACGAAACAUUUAGAUCACAAGUUCAAGCUCAUUUGGAGAAAAGUAAAGGCCUAUCUUUGGACAGGUGGAAUAGUUUUGCUAAACUGUAUGAAAGUUAUUGCAGAGAAAAUAGCAGUGCAGGUCGCAAACUGAAGUAUCUAUUAGAAGAAAUCAAAAUACAGUACUGCUACCCCAGAUUAGAUGUAAAUGUCACCAAGGGCUUCAACCACUUGUUGAAGUCUCCUUUCAGUAUACAUCCAAAAACUGGAAAAGUAUCUGUAGUUUUUAAUCCAAAUACUGUAAGAAGUUUCAAAUUGGAUGAAGUGCCUACUAUUAAUACCUUACUGGAUGACAGUUCUGCAAAUCAUGCUCAGCAGUCGGCUAAUAUGCGAACGGCUGUUAAAACGUUCCAAGAAGUUGUCUUCUUGUUGGAGAAGUCUGAAGCAAUUAGGAGAAGAAAUGAGCCAAAUACAAUGGAAUUCUAAGCAGGCAACUGGUAUGGCUGUGCAAGACGGCAUUAUAAAAAUAUCCCUUGUUUAAAGCAUCAUUAAAAGUCUUAUGAAGUCUGGUGCUAACUGCGAUUUGUGUGUGGUAACUGAAUGUGUUCAGUAUUUCUUCCAUAUGUAAGGCUGUCAAUAAAGCAUGCAAUGGUGAUA